GAGGUCUCCCUCCUCUCUUCUCUACUCUUCUCUACAUAUGGCCUUGUUUUUGUCUUUUUCCUUUUCCCUUUGUGCGCGGUUUGUUGUCUUGAGGAAGCGGGAGGGACCAUCGGAGUUUUGCUGCACUUGUCCCUGGAGGAAGAUGAUGAACCAAAGUUGAGGAGAAUUCUAUUCCUUCCCGGAUAUCAAGGGGAAAACUGUGGGAGGGAGGAGGAGAGCUCCGUAGCUUUAAGAGGGACAAGCUUCUUUCUUCUUUUCCUUUCUCGCCUUUUCUGUCCUCUUGUUUGCCUUCUUCGGUCGUCAUUCCCUUCCCAGUCUUUUGCCUGCUCCGAACAAGAGACAAGGAGGAGAAGACGAAGAGGAAGAAGAUGACACAUGACAUGGUGCGGUAGCUGCUGGCCGGCAUCAAUCCGGGCUCUCCGAUGGUUCUAAUCACCAAGAAAUCACACGACAUCAUGAUCAAGACGUGCCCUUCCUGCGGUCAUCGCAUUCAGUAUGAGCAGCAGCAGGCGUCUUCCUCCAUACAAGACUUGCCCGGGCUGCCCGCAGGCGUGAAGUUUGAUCCCACCGACCAAGAGCUGCUGGAACACUUGGAAGGCAAAACGGGGUCGGACCCUCACAAGCUUCACCCUCUCAUCGACGAGUUCAUCCCCACCAUCGAAGGCGACGAUGGGAUUUGCUACACGCAUCCUGAGAAGCUCCCCAGUAAUGAUCGAUCGAUUGACACCAUCUCUUUAUUUAUGAGAGUGAGACAGGAUGGUCUGGUUCGGCACUUCUUCCAUCGCCCUUCCAAGGCAUACACGACGGGGACGAGGAAGAGGCGAAAGGUGCACACCGACGCACGCGGAGGCGAGACGCGGUGGCACAAGACCGGGAAGACGAGGCCGGUGUCGGUGGGUGGGAAGCUCAAGGGGUACAAGAAGAUCCUCGUCCUGUACACCAACUACGGCAAGCAGCGGAAGCCCGAGAAGACCAGCUGGAUAAUGCACCAGUAUCACCUGGGCUCCGACGAGGAGGAGAAGGACGGGGAGCUGGUGGUGUCGAAGGUCUUCUACCAGACGCAGCCCAGGCAGUGCGGCUCGGGAGCGAAGGACUCGUAUGGGAGAAAUGUCAAGGCUGCUGUGGAUGACGACGAUGACGAUGGCGCCGCCACCGCCGCCGCCGUCGUCGUCCUCGGGGAAGGAAGUGCCGUCGGCGACUACUACGCUCCGUCGCUCAUCGGGUACAACCAAGGCGGGCAAAACCGAGUCAGCUCCCCUCAUCUGCUGCCUAAUUUUGCCAUGCAUACAGGAGGUGCCUCCUUUCUUUCUUGAACAGUUGAAGAGUAUCAUCGAUCUCCCAAUGAUUACCUGUGAAUAAUUAACA